AAACCAUCUGAGUUUUUGUAGUCCUUUCUAAAACAGAAAAUAGUGGAGAGAGAUUUACUAGAAGACGUGUUUUAGAGAAAUGUUGGAAAUUGGUUCCUGUAUAAAGGAAUCACCUAGUUCAUGCAGAAAAUAUGAUGAGAACUCAGUGAGAGGGAUCUAGAAGCUGGAUCUGGCAAAAUUCAAAGAUAGUAACCUGUCAAGAAUGUGCAACAAAAUCGUUCCACCGUUGGUGGAAAAAGAGGAAGGACAUUCAUUCGUGCAUUCAGCAGGUAUGUAUCGAGUUUGUACUAUGCACCUGGCCUUAUUCUAGGCAUUGGGGAAGCUGCCCUCACAAAACUUAGAUUCUAGUGAGGAGUGUGUGUGUAUUUUGUUAUUAUUGCUCUACAUCACUAUUAUAAAAACCUAACCCACCCAUUCAGGAGGCUGUGUGUCAGUUCCCAUUCUGCCAGUAUCCCACGGUGGAAGGGCUUCUUUUAUGCAGAAUUGUUUAACCAUUUUGCCUCAUUUUUUUAAAAAUAAUACUUUUGAGCAGCUACUAUGUGCUGGGACUAGUGGGGGAUAUAAAAUGCUUGAGACAUGGUCCCUGCUUCCAAGGAGCUUGCAUUUCAGGGGGAGAAGGACAAGAAGAGGGUGAAGAGAGAUGGGGAGAAUGCAGAGAUAAAGAAAACUGGUACCAGAAAACCUCGUCUUAAGCGUCUGGAAUGACUCAGCUGCGUUCUCCAGGUUUGCAGGAGCGCGAGGGGCCAUGCUUACCACGGGAGAUCAAGAGAAGUCUCUUGGAAGGACAUGGCAUUCCACCUGGGUCUUGAAGAAUGGCUACUAUUACAGCAGGACAAAGGGGCGUGGAGGCAGAAUGAGCCUGUCAAGCAAAGGGAAAAGAAAUAGGAGUGGCGAGGUGGGACAGCCCAAAGGACUUCUGUGCAGCCGUCUGCAGCUGGUGGGUGGGUGUGUUUUGGAAGUGGAAUCAUUGGAGACUGAGUGAGCCUGUGCUGGCUUUGUUCAGACCUUUUAAAUGCGAUGCUAAGAAGUUGGGCUUCAGAGAAGGAGAGAAAAGAAGCCUUUGCUUUCCUGUCUGCAAAAUGGAGUCUCUUCAAGACACUAUUGUGAAAAAAAUGAAACCUUAUUUAUAAGAACUCUUCAGGCCCUUAGAAAGCAAAAGGCUCUAGUAGUGGUGACUAAAGUUGACAUUAUUUUGAUGAGUUUUUUGCUUAGAAGUCAAGUUUGCUGGCAACACAAGCACAUUAUGGUUAACAGAUUGGUAAAUUCUAUUUGACUUGUUUCCUGUGGAAAAAUCUUAAAUAUUUAUCACGUCAGUAAGCAAACUUAUUGCCCAGAGUCACAGCCUACCUUGUCAAAUAACAUUCCAUUGUCUUCUGCGGACUUUUGGAAACAAUUUAAAGCAAUUAUGUAUUAGGGGAAAUAACAAAUUUUUAGUAUACUAGCUGAAAACUGCACACUAUUUGUUAUAUUGUAAUGUAUUUUAACUACUCAUUAGAUUGUGUGAAUCCAGAUAAAAGUCUUAGAUAUUCCAUGUCCAAAAGGUUUAUAUAGACCUGAUGUUGAUAUGCUCGCAAAGUGUUUUUCACAUUCAUUAACAUGUUUAAUGCUCCUAGCAAUUCUGGGAGUAAGCAAUUUAAUGAAACUCAUUUUAUGGAUGAGUAAACAGGAGUUCAGGGUAGUUAAAUGCCUUGCUUGGUGCUGUAUAAAAACUAGUAACAGAGUCAGGACUAGAGCAGUGUGUCUUUCAUCUGUAAAGCUCAGCCUGCUGCCUCACUGUCAAACGGAGAAUUCCUGUUGCUGGUGGUUGUGAUUAUUAUUGGGCCUGACGGGCUCUCCUCAGGGGAAGGACGUCUAUCUAAGAUGUUGAAUAAUUUUAAGUUGCAUUUAACCUAAAAUGCUGUGAUUCAGUGCCUGAACACAUUUACCACUGAGUGAAGUGAACGCCCAGAAGGAAGAUAAGUAGGAAACCUCGGUACCAGUUCCUUCUGUAACUUCUAGUGGGAAUGCUGACCUACAUCCAGUCUUUGGGAGCUUUUGGUCCUUGGAUGAAAAGACAGUGGAAGCCGCCAACCUCACCCUCUUGCCGAAUGUUCCUGUUUGCCCUUUACUGAGUAUGGAGACGUUGCUUGGCUUUCAGGAGCUUCCUCUCUAAAGGGAUAAAGUAGAUUUAGAGAGUGACUGUGUAAGAGAUGAAGGUAUUUUUAGCAACCAUUCAAACGCUGCCAUUGCUAAGAUUUUAGAACCUUCAGAACUGUGUGUACAUCCUUGUUUGUGAGCUACACGAGGAUGGUGGCAGGGACCAUGCUUUUGGUUUCCCAUCAUUUGGGAAAUGGGAUCUGAGGUUUGACCUCAUUUUGGACCAUUUUUUGGAAAGCAGUUCAGCCUUCAGAGGAUAAAAGCGCAGUGACCACUGAAAUCCCUCAUCAGGGAUGUUUCCCAUCAUUUGGGAAAUGGGAUCUGAGGUUUGACCUCAUUUUGGACCAUUUUUUGGAAAGCAAUUCAGCCUUCAGAGGAUAAAAGUGCAAUGACCACUGAAAUCCCUCAUCAGGCCUGCAGACUGCAGCAACUGCCAUAGAUGAGCCACCCCAAAAAUUUUUGACCAGGGAAAGAAUUUCACUAGAGGCCCACCUGGAAGGGGAUUCUAGUCUCUAAAUUCUGUUUGACUCAUGCAUGAACGGGCAGGAUUGUGGUGGGGCUGAGGGCAUGUGUUGUUCUGAUCUGGGUUGUAGAAGAGGACACCAUGGCACCGAGGGGUUAGCAAACGUGCCCGGGGUCACUUGGUUAAUCUUGGAGCUGAGGUUUGAGACCUGGGCACUGGCCUGAGAGCCUGCGUGUAACCACCGUGCCCUGCAGCUUCUCCUGGGCAGGGAGUUUUCCUCAGAAAGGCCGACCCUCUGUCCAGCAGGGAGGGGGCAGGUGUGCAGCCCUCUGUGAUUCUUGACCUUCAGCUUUAUAAGAAAGAUGCUGUGGCGGCUUCCAGGAUGCAGACCCUGGCUGGGCAGGCAGUGAGUCCCGGAGGUUCGCUGCAGGGGCAGAGGCUGGAGCUGGAAGGGGAGGGCUCUGGUCUUAGGGAAAUGUCACAAGAGGGAAUUUUCAAGGAUUUUACCCACUACCUCGUUUGUUCUUCUUUCUUCUUUUCCUCUUCAUAGGAACAGAAUGCCAAAAUGCGGGUCUAUAGUUAAGGGAGUGAGAAACUGAAGAGAUGGGAACGAGGGGCCUCCUAAGGUUGAGGGGAUUGGUUUCUUGAAAUGCUUUUCUGUAGUUUUAGAACAAAUUGCCUCACUUUAGACACUAACAAGGACCAGCCCCUGUCCCUCAAGCCUGGAGCACCUCUCUGAGCUUCGGCCCACCUUCCUUAAAGAUGCUUUUGGACAUAAGUUCCCCCCAUGAUUACAAAAUCAAAGUGAACAAGAAUGCAAAUAGGCUCUGCAUCCUCACAGGGCAGCUGGUUUUGUUGAGAAACUCAACAUGGUUUACGCAGGGAAGUCCUCUGGAAAGCUUGGCUCCCCAGUCGGUAUCCAAACUGCCUUAACCACCUUGAAACUUGUGAAGCUGGGGCAAAGCACCUGCCUGGGGUUUUCUCCCAGGUAUGACUGUAUGUGUGCUUAAUAAGGAUACUACUUUUCUUUUGAACAAUCUUCUUCCUAGAAUGAUAAAUCAUGUACACGUUUUCUAGGCAAUUUGAUUGUUUACUCUUCCAAGCAUUUAACACCUUGUGCCAGCAUAUAUGGACCCUUCCAGAGCUUCUUAAUAAAGAUGACGAUUGUUAGCACAAAUAAACAGAUAUGUGUGUGUGUGGCAGGAGAUGGGGAGAAGAGCAGAAGGGAAAGUUAUAUAAGUGUUAGCAGUAAGGAUUCUAUUUUUAAAAGCAUGAUCAGCAGUUUGUAAACUAGAGAAACCAUACUGUUAAUACUCCCAUAGCAUUGAAAGAGACAAACUGACAGCAUUGACGUAAAAUUUUUCCCCAGGAUGCUUAUUUAUGAUAUAAAUAAAAUUAUGACUCUGCUGCUUUGCUCAACAGAAUGAAAACUGGAAGACUCAGCAUUUGCCCAUUCAUUCAUUCAUUCAUUCCUUCUAUCCAUCCAUCCAGCUCAUGGUUCUCAAGGGCCUUUGGUGGGACCAGGCUAAGUGCUGGGCAGAUAGAUAUUGUCCUUAUUUUCUUGGAGUUUAAGCUUAUAGUUUAGUGGCCUGUGGUUUUGCUCAAUUCUCUUUCUCUCUAGCUAUUUAAAGGAAGUGGAAGGAAAGCCCUCGGGAGAAUGAUUGCCAGGCUUGGAAAGCAGAGGCUUGGCUGCUCCUGAUCCAGGGUUGGGCCUCCAUUUCUGGGCCCACAGGGUCCUUGUUUCUAUGGGGUGCUGUUCAUGAGAGUCAACCUGGCCUGCAGUGCCAGGUUUUUUGGACAGAAUUAAACUGGGCACACAGGUGGGAGUCUGGACGAUUUGAAAAGAAAGUGGUCUGUAUUUGAUUCUGUGACAUCAGGGCAGAAGGUCCAACAUUAACAUGCUAUUCCCUUCAUUUUGGUGUUUUCCAUAGCAGUUCCUUCUUUGGUCAUCACUUCCAAGGAUAAUUUUGAAAUGCCUCUCUUGUGUGUGCAGCGUUUGUAGGCAUAUUUGUUUAUCUUUGCUUUGUUUUUAUUCAGGGUUUACCCAUGUCCCCUUCAGGUUAUCAGACAAAUUAGCAUGUGCUUUCUGCCCCCAUUCUCUACCCUAGAUGAAUCAAGCACACAAUUAGGAUGAACUGUCACUAGAUGAUGGCUUGUCAUUUCAAAAACCACAUUCCCGUAGGCAUGUUUAAGUGAGGGGAAAUGAGCAUGACUUGUGUAUUAAUAAUGCUUUUUUGCAACAGAAUGUUUAACAUUAUAUGUAAGUAUUAACUAAUGUUACUAGUCAUGAUUUUGAAAAAUGUCACCAUUCCAGAAAAUUGUGGCAGUGCAAACAUUUAUCCAUAAUUCGGUAUAUUUUACUCACGAAUUCUUAAUUGUUAUCAGUCUUUUCUUAAUCGUGGGUUUCCUAGACUUGAGUAGAACACUUUUUGCAUUCAUCCUAAAUAUUUUAUUUUGGAACUGAAAGCCCUUCCCUUUGUGUUUUGUCAUGUGACCAAGCCUCUGAGUCAUGUGACCAAGCCUCUCUCUAAGCCCAGUAAAAGAGGUGAUAAGCAUUUGUCUGUCUGCUAUUCCAAGAGGCUUUACUGGAAGUUCAUGUGGCUUUCCUGGCCUUUCAUGUCCUCAGUUUGCUGAUCCCGUCAGGCUGUCAAGGGGACUGUGAAGAGGGGCUUGUGGUGGCAAGAAGGGAGUAACUGUCUCCCUUGACUUUCUAGCGUCUGACUUCUGGAACCUGGCCUUUUCAUCGUCACAUUUGCGCUGAGCAUUGGCUUCACAAUAAUCACACAAGCUUAAAUACCAAACUUGCUUCUGACUGUUCCCUUUCUUUUAAAGGAGUGAUGAAUUUGUAUUUUUUAAGUCACAGCUUUACUAGAACAGAACUUUCUAAAAACCCAUCUAAAUGCAUCAUAGCAAAUGUUUCCCAACACUACCUUGGUCUCCCUGACAACUCUCAAUUGCUUUUCAUGUGCCACCCACUCACUAGGCUCUUGAAACAAAAAGCAGAAAGGGAGGGCUCUGGCCAAGCGCUGAGGUGAAGGUGACAAAUAGAGGUGUCAAAACAAAUUUAGAGCUCUUGCUCUGCCACCGCUGAGGCUAAGUGCCUUCGAAAUUGGGCUCCACCAUGACCCACCGCCAUGGCCGAGGAGAGCUUGGCUGUUGACGGUGGAAUGGACACUGACACCGCUUUACGAGAGGUGCUGAAGGCCGCCCUCAUCCACCGUGGCCUGGCACAUGGGAUCUGCGAAGCUGCCAAAAAAGCGACAGGCCUAUCCUGUGUGUUGGCAUCCAACUGUGGUGAGCUCGUAUAUGUCAAGUUGGUGGAGGCUCUCUGUGUUGAACACCGAAUCAACCCAACUAAGGCUGAUGACAACAAGAAACUAGGGGACUGGGUAGGCCUCUAUAAAGUCAACACAGAGGGACAACCCCACAAAGUGGGUGGUUGCAAUUGUGUAGUCAGUAAGGACUAUGGCAAAAAAUCAUAGGCCAAGGAUGUCAUUGAAGAAUGUUUCCAGUGCAAGAAAUGGACAAACAAAACACUUGACUCUUAAAUCAACAACAACAACAACAAAUUUAUAAAGCUGGCAAUGUUUUGAGGAAUGGUGAUGGAGGUGUGGGGCUGGGAGAGAAGUGCCUCCGCAAGUACCAGAAACAAAAGCCACCUCUAAAGCAUUCCUUUUGGCAAGAGUUCAACCAACUAGCUUAGGUUAAUGCUGUUUCAAACGACAAUGUUUCAUUUGAAGUCCUUCCCAGCUUUGUGACCUUGGUCAAGUUCCACAACCUGUCUCGAGCCUCCGUUUCCUCAUCUGUAAAAAUGAAGUUAAAAAUAUACCAGCAUUGGAGGUGUUUAUGAGAAUUAAAUAACAUAAUGUAAAAAUACUAAAUACACAUCCAACAUGCAGUGACCCUCAAUAUAUUAUUAUUUCUACCAUUUCUGUAAUGUCUUGGCUUCAGUUAGGCAAUGUAUUUUUAGGGUCAGACUGCUUAAAUGAUUGAACCUAAGCUGGAGGUUAAAAUCUAUUGUGGUGGAGGCUCCUUUAACGGGGGAGGGCUAUACAAUUUGCAGAUGGGCAAAAAGAGUCUGAAACCAUUUCCACCUGAUACCUACUGCAAGCAGAGAGUAGGCUAGAUGUAAUUGGGGCUAUUCCAUUAAAUCAGAUACAAUAUAGCUCGCUAGGAUUUGCAUUCAUGGAUAAAAGACCCCUUAUUUAUAGCCUCCAUUCCCCAUCCAGCAGCAAUUUAUUUUACAAAUACGGUAAAUGCCAAACAAUGCCCUUUAAGUCAGUGAGUGGAGAAGUCUUUGUUUUUCCUUGGACCCCAGUCUCAUGCUUCUAAAGUCUGUCUCUUUUUGACCGGCACUUUCUAAGUAGCUAUAAAUGCAUUGCAUUUGCUUGUUAUGGAAAGUCUGGUCUCACAAUUAUGUUGACAGUUUUGCAAAAAAUAAUUCUGUGGAAGCCGAGUCAGCAGCUCUGCUGGUUUUCCCUUCUCACUUCCUCUCCUCACGCCGCAGUCUCCAUGGCGGAGAGUAGCGUCCUGUGCAGUUCUUGCCCAGCUACUCAGUGAGUCAGCCAUGGAGGAAUUCCCAAAUCCCUCACCUCGACGACGUCUUUGUUUCUGGGUGCUAAGGAAGAAGGGCUGGGGUUGAGUUCAUUAACUACUGAUGAUGUUCUUGAAGAAGCUUCAUAUCGUGCCAGUAAACUGUUGCCCUUUCUUUUUCCU